GAGAGAGAGAAACACACACACACCGACAACUAGCAUGAGCCGCUAGCAACAGCAAACACAGUUUGUCAGUGUUAGUGUUCGUGUCAAGUAGCGUUGGAUUUACAUAGCAACACAACAAAACAAAACAACGAUAUUUUCUAUUAAACCUCAUGGCGCUGAGUCGGGCACUGGUCCAUGAAAGGUUUUGGAUACACAGAGAGUGGCUGGUCCACCAGGGACAUUAUCAAGUACUGGAGCACAGAUAACACCUUCCAAAUUGAUAAACCAUGAUCCCUAUCACUGAGUUGCGGUACUUUGUGGACACACAGCCAGCGUACCGCAUCCUGAAACCAUGGUGGGAUGUGUUCACCGACUAUAUCUCCAUUGUUAUGCUGAUGAUUUCCGUGUUUGGAGGGACACUGCAGGUCACCCAGGACAAGAUGAUCUGCCUGCCUUGCAAAUGGGUGGUCAAUGAGACCUGUAAGAAGAACUUCAAUUCCACUCUCUCUGCAUCACUCUUCUUGGAGCCCAAAGGGAUUCAGUACAAUCUGGACCGCCACCAAUAUAACUAUGUGGAUGCUGUUUGCUAUGAGAAUAGAUUGCACUGGUUUGCCAAGUAUUUCCCGUACUUAGUGUUACUUCAUACCCUGAUUUUCCUAGCAUGCAGCAACUUUUGGUUUAAAUUUCCACGGACUAGUUCUAAACUAGAGCACUUUGUAUCCAUCUUGCUGAAAUGCUUUGACUCUCCUUGGACAACUAGAGCACUGUCAGAGACUGUGGUUGAGGAGAGUGACCCUAAACCAAUGAAGAUGAACGGCUCAAUGGACCACAAGGAGUCUGUCAUCAGUGAGGAUGUUGAAGCCAGUGUUCCUAUGCUCCAGAGGACAAAGACGCGCCUUGAGCAGGGCAUUGUAGAUAGGACAGAGACAGGUGUUUUGGACAAAAAAGAGGGCGAACAAGCAAAAGCACUGUUUGAAAAGGUUAAGAAGUUCCGCAUACAUGUUGAAGAAGGAGACAUUGUGUACAGACUGUACAUCCGUCAGACGAUCAUCAAAGUCAUCAAGUUCAUUUUGAUAAUCUGCUACACAGGGUAUUACGUGCAUGAUAUCAAAUUCAGUGUUGACUGUUCAGUUAACAUAGAGAGUCUGACGGGUUACAGCGUGUACCGCUGUGCUCAUCCAUUGGCUACACUUUUUAAAAUCUUAGCCUGUUUUUACAUUAGCUUAGUGGUGGUGUAUGGUUUGAUCUGCAUGUACACACUUUGCUGGAUGCUUCGGCGUUCACUAAAGAGAUACUCCUUUGAGUCAAUACGUGAAGAGAGCAGCUACAGUGAUAUUCCUGAUGUGAAGAAUGACUUUGCAUUCAUGUUGCACAUGAUAGAUCAGUAUGACCCUCUAUACUCCAAACGCUUUGCUGUAUUUCUCUCAGAGGUUAGCGAAAAUAAGCUGAGGCAGCUGAACCUCAACAAUGAGUGGACACUGGAUAAGCUCAGGCAGAGGAUAACUAAGAACUCUCAGGAGAAGCUGGAGUUGCACCUUUUCAUGCUAAGUGGAAUUCCUGACACUGUGUUUGACCUGAUGGAGCUGGAGGUCCUUAAACUGGAGCUCAUCCCAGAUGUCACCAUCCCCCCGAUCAUUGCCCAGCUGGUCAACCUGCGAGAGAUGUGGCUUUAUCACACACCAGCUAAAAUUGAAGCUCCAGCAUUGGCUUUUUUGCGUGAAAACUUGAAGUCUUUGCACAUCAAGUUCACUGACAUCAAAGAGAUUCCCCUAUGGAUCUACAGUCUGAAGAACCUGAGUGAGCUUCAUCUGACAGGGAACCUCAGCUCUGAGAACAACCGCUACAUUGUCAUUGAUGGGCUUCGAGAGCUCAAAAGGCUCAAAGUUCUUCGUCUGAAGAGCAAUCUGACUAAGCUACCUCAGGUGGUUACUGAUGUUGGCAUGCACCUUCAGAGACUCUCUGUCAAUAAUGAAGGCACCAAGCUGAUGGUGCUUAACAGCCUGAAGAAGAUGGUGAAUCUGUCAGAACUGGAGCUCAUUCGCUGUGAUCUAGAACGCAUACCGCACUCAAUCUUCAGUUUGCACAACUUGCAGGAAAUUGACCUGAAGGAUAACAACCUGAAGACCAUUGAAGAGAUUAUCAGCUUCCAGCACCUUCAUCGACUUGUCUGCCUUAAACUCUGGUACAACCAGAUUGCCUACAUUCCUAUCCAGAUAGGCACACUCACCAACUUGGAGAAGCUGUACCUGAACAGAAACAAGAUUGAGAAGAUCCCCAACCAUUUGUUUUAUUGCCGCAAACUGCGAAUCCUGGACCUGAGCCAUAACAACUUGACCUAUAUCCCGACAGACAUUGGCUUCCUCCAGAAUCUUCAAUACCUGGCAGUGACAGCCAACAGGAUUGAAAGUCUGCCUAAUGAGCUGUUCCAGUGCAAGAAGCUUCGCACUUUGAACUUGGGGAACAACUGCCUGCACUCGCUGCCGUCACGGUUUGGAGAGCUGACCGGGUUGACACAGCUAGAGCUGAGAGGGAACCGUCUGGAAGGUCUGCCGGUGGAGCUGGGUGAGUGUCGACAGCUGAAGAGAACUGGUCUUGUGGUGGAAGAGGAUCUCUUUAACACGCUACCCACGGAAGUUAAGGAACAGUUAUGGAAAGUUGACAAAGAACAAGUUUAAACAUGUCUUUCACUGUGAGUGACAGUUGAUAACUCACAGGCUGGGCCCUGGGCCCUGAUACAGGAGGAAUGACCAGACUGUCCCACAGGACUUGCUUAUGGAGAAAAAUUGCUGCCACUAAGGUUGGAUAUUGCAAAUCAGAAACCAAUACGUAAAUAUUAUUUUUGAUAGCUUCUGUUUGUUCUGUUAGUUUCCAGUUUAAAAACACUCCUAAAAAUGGUUGUAGCAGCAAUAAUCUAGCAGUGCCAUUUUGUUCUGCAGCAUGCAUUUACAUUUAUGCUUCUCUUUUAAUGGUGGUGAUAAAUUUAAAGAGUAACUAAACCCCUAAACCACUUUUUUCAGGUUAAAACUAGAGUAUAAGGUUAUCUAGUACAAUUAUUGACUGAUCCGGGUCCAACUCUUGGUAGUUUUGUGUAAAGUAUUUGAAUUACGUAUUUGUGGAGCGCGUCCGUUCUGCCCAGCAACAGUGAAUACUAUUUUCUGAUUGGCUGAUAGAUCGCUAAUUCAAGACAGCUGAAUAAACUGCGUACAGCAAUUUGCCUUCGUUUAAUCGAUUCAUAGAUUUUUCAUUUAUUUGCGGUGACUUUUAUCACUUAUCAGCGUGAGAAAUGUCAUGUCGCCCCCUGCGAUGCUCACUCACCUCUCAACUCCCUGCCCACUUUUUGUAGAGUUUUAACAUGAGGCAUUGGGCGGAGUCAGCUUCAGAACAGGGGUUUAGUUCCUCUUUAAGUAUCGCAGACGUUGGGUCGUGCUGGUUAAAAACAGAAAUGAAUCUUGAAAAAUGUUUCCAAUUUUAAGUUGCCACAAAACUUCAGCUUCUAUCAAAGUCGAAAUUAUACAAAGGUAAAAGUCAUAAAAACACAAAAGACAAGGCAGACACUAAAUUGAUUGGAAAUUUCUCUGUCAUAAUAAAACCAUAUUGACAGAUUUGAUAUAUUUGGAAAUUGAGGAGAAUAGUGGAGCAUUCAUGGCUUUUAAUGCUUCUGAACUGACUGGACACCAAUUUUAGCUCUGGUGUUUUGUGUGUGUCUGUCUCUUGUUAAAUCGUUAGAAUAUGACCACAAAUCGCAAAUCCAGGCUAAGUACAAGUAUCUCUGGACAGGUUAGAUUCUGAGGCGCUUGUGUCUGCAAGGUUUUGUAGAAGAAAAAGGUCGUUCUUGAUGCUGUGUUUAACAGUGCAGGUGUUGUGGAGCAGCAUGUUUAUUUCUAAAUGUUAGCAUCAAGAAGCACAACCUUCACUGUCAGUUUACCAAUCAGUGGGAACUGAUCAAUAUUUGUCUCAUGACUACACUGCAUUUACAGCUUUGUCUGCAAUGAAUUGCACAGAAAAUGGAAACUAAUUUAGGGAGAAUACUGAGAAGUUUUGAGUGAAAUGAGUCACGUCUGUGUAAGAGUUCAUUGUAUGGUUAUAUAGGAUAACACAUGAUGGAUGCUUUACUGCAGCAAUUACUGUAGUGGAUAAGAGUAUCCACUGUUCUACAUGUCUGCCAUGAAAGUUACUGUUUGAAAGUCAUGAGAGUUAGAAACCAGACAUGUCAAAUCUGAUUUCUAAACAUCUGGCCAUGUGUUCUUCUCUGUUUAUUGUUACAUUGUAAUAUUAUGUUUCUAUCUUAAUGGGGAAAUAAUUCAGAUAUUUUAAUGUUUAAUUGCAUCCCUCAAAUAUUCACUGGUUGAGUUUAUAUCCAUCUUUAAUGUUAAUGGUUUCAGUUAAUUCAUUUUUGUGUGGUGGAUGGCCUCUUUUUUUUUAUUUAAAAGAACAAACAAACAAAUUCAGAAACUUCAAGGGGAAAUUUUAAACUUACAAACUCUUCUCAAUAUACACAUUCCAGUAAAAAAAAAAAAGAAAAAUAUGACAUUUUGACGAUGGUAAAAAAAAAAAUUGGAGGCUUUUGUAUCAUGUCUGAUGCCUUAACUUAAAUUUACUCUUUACUUUUGUGUCGCAUACUGUUUGUGUUAUAUUUUAUAUUUGCUGUAGCUGUAUAUUUGUGGAUUUUGACACAACUGCAACAAAAGCUCUCACUGUGAGUGUGGCGCCCAUGUUUUUCACUUGCCUUUUUAGGUUGCAGUAGAAAAAUACUGCACCACUGACUUCACACUCGGUUUUUGUUAAUCAAAAGCUGAAAUUCAUCCCAACACCUCAAGAUUGCAAAGAGCCUGAUAACAGCUCAUUUUAAGAGGAAUGCACCCAAAUACUGUAGUUGUUAGGUUUCAUUUUCACAUUUUCAUCUGGGAAUGAGUGGAUUUCUCUUUCUUCUCUUGACUUAUUUAUGCCACAGGUAAAUCAUUUGUUUCAAAGCCAUGAUAACAAAGUAACCCUUUAUAAUUUUUACUUGCUCAGUUCAAUUUACAAGAUGGAUAAAAUAUGAUUUGUCACCUUAACAUAAUGUUUGUGUUUCUGUUGGAUUGUUUCCUGCUGCACAAAAAGUGUAAUAAGAAAUUAUGUAUUUGCGUUGUUUUCUAGUGCUGACAAAUAUUUACAUACUUGUAACAUAAAUUCUUGAUUAAUAUAUUAGUUUUGUCCAUAAAUGCAGGAAAUUGUGUAAAACGUCAAAAUGCUGAUGUUUCAAAAAUGUAAAUUUGUUUUCUCUACAAACCAAAGAUAUUUAGUUUGCUGUCAUAGAAGAGCAAAGAAACUAGAUCGUAUUCACACAAGAUUUCAUUUUAAUAAAGUUUUUAUUGCAUUUUUAUAUAUAUAUUAUUAACUCACUCAAACCAGUUAAAUUGAUUUUAAAAAUCAUAAUUGUCAAUCACUUCAAAAUAAUUGGUGUAGCCUUAGUAUUGUCCACAGCUGUCUGUGUGACUGCAAGGAGCAUAGAUGUUAUUAAGCUUUACACAUUUCCUCUCAGUUUUUAAUUAGUGUUGUAUUCUGUCACAGAUUUGUCUUAAUUUUGCAUAAUUGUAGAUAUUACCGUUUUUAUUUAUUGACGUUUUGUUCAUGCAUUAAUGUGUUUCAGUGCUUUCGGGUCAGGUUCUGUAAUUGUCCUUGUUAUUUUUUCCACUUUAAACGACAUCAUUUCUAAGGAAAAGUUCAAAACUGUUUUGCCUUUUGCCCGUGUUUUUCACAGGAAGCAGCAUGAUGUUUAAGAAAAAAAUGUUGAAUUGAAGAUAAAUGCACACCUCUAACACAGCACAGCACAACACGCAAACAGGGGCUCUUGUGUUUACUCUGAGAAUCGCAAAAAUAUCAGUUCACAUUUUCAUAAACCUAAAUAAGAAAGCAUGGACAGUAGCAAUAUAUAGUACAAUAACUGGGUUAAAAAAACAUGCAACUAUCCUUUAUUGUGCAAUAUUGCCUUUUUUUAAUCUAUGUAAAAAUUGGUAGUGAUGUAGUUUUCUCAUGUGCUUGGGUUUUUUUUUUUUUUGACACAUUCAUUUUAUUCAUACAAAAGUAAGAAAGUUGAUUAGAUGGAGAAUGCAUUUGCACUAUAGCACCUCUGCCACAAGUCACAUUACAGAAAAUGCAAAUAAUAGUAUACAGCUUUGUGUAUACAACGCAUGGUUUGUGUGUGUUCUGGUGUGGGAGGGUUGGAGUGAGUGACUGCCAGCCAUGAGAUUUAAAUGGUGUUUGUUGAAUACUAUUUAAGUAUUUUAGAACUAAAAUAAAUGAAUAAAAUGACCUUUAAACAACACAACAGGAGUAUUUUAAAUGACAUCCAGAAUGCCUCAGCAAUACACCACACAUUCAGACAAUCAGUAUAUCAUAAUAAAACACGACAUCACAAUUUCUUUUUAGUGAGCAAUACAAAUAACUCAGUACACUACAAAUACGUUGUGUAGGUUGUUAGUGAAGUGAAAUAAGUAAAAAUAUUAGUCUCAUAGUUGCUGUUUACAGUUUUGUUCUGUAUUUUCCCUUUAUUUUUUCUAUUUGACAGCUAAUAGAUAUGAUAGUAUAGCUAAAUUUCUCAGGAAUCCAGCUAGUACUCACUAAUGUUUUUGAGUUAAUUGCCUAUUUUUAUUACAUUGUUGUUUUUUUUAUUUAUUUGAUCAGUUGUGAUAACAUUUUAUAUGCAUUUCUAUAAAUGUUUUUUUUUUUUUUAGUUUGGUGUAUUUAAUAUUGACUGUUGGAUUCAAACUACAUGUGUUAAUGUUUUCAAAGAAACCUCUUGGUUUUUUGUUUGUUUGUUUGUUUUUGGGUUUUUUUUUCUCUCUCAAGGACCAGAUGUUAUUGUUAAUUUGUCAUCGCAAUACAGAGAAAGUGAGUGAGAUGUGAGUGCUAUGCGUGUGUUUGCAUGAUGGGACAUUUUGGGUACAAAAUAAAUUUGAAAAUACCCCAACCACCCCCAGGCAUUAACAGUGACAUGAAUGAUGUGUUAUGCUUGAACAUGUGUCUCUCUUGUAUACUGUCCUCUAAGGGUAAAAUAAAAAUAAACUUGAUUUAAUCAAACUG